AUGCCUUCGCAAAUGCCGUCAAGUUUUGCUUCUGCUGCAGCAGCAGCUGGUUCAGGUUCAGGUGCGGGUUCGAGUCGUGAUUCUCGAACUGGAAGGAACGAAAGUGCUCGUGGUACUGAAUGGGCAAGAAGAGAAAAUAGAUCUACCAAUGGCAGUGGCACAGUGACCUUCCGUCGUUCUUCUAACGCUCCCCACACACUAUCCGCACAAGCAGACAACCUUCCAGCACAGAGUCUCGAAGUCUCCGAGGACUUACCACAUCAACAAACUCAAUCAUACGAGCCAUCUGUUCCUGCAGAUCUUCGUUAUCCAAAACCUCAUCUUUUGGAUUUAUAUCAAAAACAUCGAGAAGCUAAAGAUUCUGGCGCACGCAAUGGUGACGUUUCAAGACUCUAUGUUGAAGGCUGGAACCCUGGUCAAUCAAUUGGAACAAAUGGUCGAGCAUGGGGUAAGGUUACUGAUGGCAGAGAGACUCAUGGUCCAGAUGCAUGCUGGGAUAUGACAGGUAGUCAGCGACCAGUUUCUUUGGAAGAGAUGACCGAAGAUGAGAAAAUUCUUUUUACUACUGACGUCAAUUCUCCCAUGAAACCACCACCCCAAAAUCAGAACAAGGGCCCGAGCGAACAAGGAUCAAACACUAAUGGUCGCAAAACCUCCAUUUCUCAUGGUUCUGCCAACUCUAAUUUCGCAGUUACCUCGCCAGCUUCCAGCAGACCUGGCACACGACGCAGAGAGACGAGUGAUGCAAUUCCAUUCGCUGCUGGAUUAGGAUCCCCUGCCGGAACUGGUCGAUUCCCUCGCGACGAGUCUUCUCCCUUUUUCACCCGCAAACUCACGGACCUGAAGGAUGAUGGAGACGACCGACCGGACGAACCAAAGAGCUCCCUGCCAUUCGGCCCAUUAAUGCGUUCCAAUACAGGUGGGGCUAAUUUGGGAAGCGCGCCGUUGUCUCCUUGGGGACCAGCGCCCACAAGCGCUACAAUGACUCCAAUGGGAACUUUUGGUGCCUUUGCAAUGCCAACUCCCACAACUCCAGGCGACAAACGACCAGCCUUCGGCAGCAUUCGUGGCGAGAGUCGGCUUGCACAUCUCAUGCCAAAGGAUAAAUCGGAGGAAAGUGCAUCGCAACCCGCCGAACGCCCAUGGAGAAGUAGACCUCGAACAGAUACAGACCCCUUUGGCGAAGAUAAUAUCCCUAGCGGCAGCGCUGGCCUUGGAGGUGGUCAGGAUACAAGCCCAACUUUGGAUCCUCAGCGAAAGGCACCAGGACUUGACACGCCGAUUCGUGGACUAUCGAGUGAUUUUGGAAUGUCUGACAUGCCUGGUUUCAGGGAUGCUCAGUUACGUGCUCAAAAUCACCAGACACCACAAGUACAGCAGCAAUACAAUGAGCCACUGAGCCCAGAUACUAAUCCUUAUCGUAGCCCACACGAGGAACGAAGAGACAGAAUUGGACACGAGGAAAAUUCUUUUGACGAUGAUCAUUCUCAUGACCGACCUCAACCAUUAGGAGGAAUCCCGGAGCAUACACCAAAUGCUUUUAGUAAUCUUUCCAGAAACUUCGGCAGUGGAGCUUUUGAUGGAAGCGAUCGUAGCCAAACGUCCAGUGUCGUAGGUGGUGUGUCCCGGGGACCAUUCACGGCUUUAGCCGGACUUCCAUCUUUGAGUAACAUUGGUAAUAUGGGUGGGUGGCCAACAAACAAUAUGGUUUCGACACCGGAUCGCGAAAGUCGAUCGGUAUUCCCGAGUGCAUUUGGAAACUCCAUAUUUGCGCCCAUGGGUGAGUUACCAUCUCCAAUUCAUAGCUCUAUGGGUGGCGGCAUGUUUGGCCAUGGCAACCCAAUGGGAUCUAUUGGACGUGGAAGUAAGCUCGGAUCUUUGUUCCCUCCCGCUAUGCAGGCUCAAAUGCAGGGCGCAGAGAACGAUAAUUCUGGUGAAAUUGGAGACCUAAGACAAAACAGCGCAUUUGGAGCGAUUGGCCGGACCCCCUUGCACAGCCAUGGCUCAUUCUUCGGUUCUGAACCCCGCACCCAGGAACCAUUUUCUGGAGCGGAUUCCCAGCCUAGUACAAUCGUUCCACAAGCUCCUUCGGCUCAAUCUAAUUACCCACAAACCCAAAUUGGGUCGGAUUCUGCACCAGGUCAACUUCCUAAUGCUCAACAACGUACUAUGGUUAUGCCAGACAGAAUGAGAUGGAUUUACCUUGAUUCACAAGGACAGCCUCAAGGACCUUGGUCUGGAUUGGAAAUGCAUGAUUGGUACAAGGCCAAUUUCUUUACGGCUGAUCUCUCGGUCAAAAAACUUGAAGACACUGAGUUUGAACCGCUUGGUCAGCUUAUCCGUCGCAUUGGUAAUUCACGCGAACCAUUCCUGGUCCCUCAAAUGGGCAUUCAGCAUGGACUCCCUACCACCCAAGCUACACCAUUCGCCUCCGCUGCUACAGCCCCUGCUGUUCAACCUGGAUCUGUUCAACCUCCCUUUGCUGGAGCUUUCCCGAGUUUUGGUACUACGUUGACUGCCGAGCAACAAAACAAUCUGGAGAGACGCAAGCAAGAGGAACAAUACCUCAUGGCUAGACAGAGGGAGUUCUUGGCGCAACAACAGGUCGGCUUGAAGCAAAUGCAAAUGGGGGGUCUUCCUUCCACCUUGCACCAUCAUUCAAGUGCUCAUAGCUUGCAAAGUCAACCUAGCUUUGGUAGCAUGACAUCGCCAAUUUCUAUGCCACCACAACCUCCAAUGCCCGGUGGGUUCUUUGAAGCUGGCCCCAGACCCGGCCUAUCUCAGAUGAUGGGAGGUAUGCCCAAUGAAUAUCUUCACGAUGAUUUAGCUCGCCUUGGCCUCCAAGACCGUCAGCAAGCCGGAGCGGUUGGUGCACAAACCUCUCAAGCUCAGCAAAUUAAUGCUCUUUUUGGUCAACCUCAGCAUAUUGGCACGCAACGUGAGCCGCCUCGGGCAGAACAGAAUGACCCUCAAGGUUAUGUAGCUCGUCUUCGACAAUUUGAACAGCUUAGAGCUGAACAUGAUGCAGAGGAAGCAGCUCAAUCCUCCGCUAAUGACGAAGCCACUUCUUUGGCACAAGCUCAACCGGAACCACAGGAACAGCAGUCACAAUACGAAGAAGAGACCGUGUUAGAAAAAACCCCAGCACCAAAAUCUCCCGAGGUUCCCUCUUUGACUCAGCAGAUCAAGGAUCAACAAGCAGCUUCCACCGCCGCAGCACCUGCUAAGCAGUCUCCCAUUUCUGCUCCUCAACCCGAGUCCCCUUGGGCAAAGGUGAAUACUAGUCUCCCAAUGCCUUUCCCACCCCCUGCACAAUCGAUGACACCUCUUCCUGCUCCAACUGCUCAAAGAGGUCGCUCAGGCUUGCCGGACUCAUUACAUGCUGAAGUUCAAUCACGCUCUGAGACUCCCGAAGUAGUUAGUGCUGGACCAACCCUUGCUCCAUGGGCUGUUCAACCAGUCGAGGCUCCUAAAGGUCCUUCUCUUAAGGAGAUUCAAGAAGCCGAAGCCAAGAAGGCUGCUAAAGCAGAGGAAGCUGCCGCUGCUGCACGUCGUGCCCUUCAUGAACAAGAAAUGAAGUUGCUAGCUAGCCAACCAGCUGCACCCGCUCCUGGUCUUCCAACAACAUCUACCUGGGGAGCUACAGCUACACCCACAACUCCUUCUAAUGCCCCCUCUGUCUGGGCCAAGCCUGUCGCAGCCAAGACUCCCGUAGCUACCACUUCUUCCAAGAAGACGCUCGCAGAGAUUCAAAGAGAAGAAGAAUUGCGUAAGAAGAAACUUGCAGCCACUGCAGCAGUAUCGCAACCUUCUCCUGUUGCAGGCGGGAAACGCUAUGCCGAUCUUGCAAGCAAACCAUCUGCAAUCACUCCCACGAUUGGAGGAGGCUGGGCCACUGUCGGCGCCGCUGGGAAGGUCAAAAUCCCAACAGGGCCAUCUGGUGCAGUUGCGCCUGUCCCUGUUCGUUCUGCCAGCAGUGCUUCUGUAGCUAGCCCCGCUGUUCGCACAAUACGCCCAGCAGCAUCUGCUCGCAGUGUAACCAUGGCUGGCAGUCAAACCGGUGGUAACGCUGCCAAUGAAGAGUUCAAGAAAUGGACAAGGGCUACUUUGAGUGGCAAGGAAGGCCUCAAUUCUGAUAUUGAUGUCGACGUAUUCAUGACUAUGUUAUCUUCAUUCCCAGACGAGGCUAGUAUUAUUGCUGAUGUCGUGUAUUCUAAUUCUCGUGUGAUGGAUGGUCGUCGUUUUGCUGAGGAAUAUAUUCGCCGCCACAAAUUGGCUGACAAGGGUAUUGUUGAGCUUGCUAAUACUGGAACAAAUGAUAAGUCUGGCGGAGGUGGAUGGAGUGAAGUCGCCAAGAAAGGGCCACCGAAGGAGGAACCUACAGCUGGCUUCAAAGUUGUGCCAAAUAAGAAGAAGGGAAAGAAGUAG